GCUCUUUUUUGCCAGUCUUCAAUCGGUUGUGGGCAUUUGCAGUCCGCUUUUUUCUUUAACGCAGAUUGAGGGAUCGAAGAUCAUCCAGCUGUUGCGAUGAACCGUCGCCUCCCAGGAACCAUCAGCCAGUGCCAGAAGCUACUCCUGGCCACCCACAAUCAUGCUCCAACGGCCUUCUCCUCCAGAUUCCUGUCCACAUCUCGAGUGAACCGCGAGCGGCAAGAAUGCCAAGUGCUGGUGGUGGGCGGUGGCACCGGUGGGUGUGCCAUGGCCGCCAAGUUGUCCUCGCGCUUGGGCAGCGACAAGGUGGUCGUCCUGGAACCAGAAGAUAAACAUUACUACCAACCCAUGUUCACCCUGAUAGGAGGGGGCAUGAAGAGAUUGGAUCAGAGCCACCGGCAAAUGGCCGAUGUGCUGCCCACAAAGGCCAAGUGGGUGAAGGAGAAGGCGCUGGAGUUCGAUCCGGAUAAUAAUACGGUUAGCACGUCUGGUGGCAAGACCAUCAAGUACGACUUUCUGAUCAUCGCCACCGGACUGCAGCUGAAUUAUGGAAAGAUACCUGGCCUGGUGGAGGCCCUGGAGACGCCCGGCAGUAAUGUUUGCUCCAUCUACUCGCCCAAGUACGUGGAUCAUGUGUACGAAUGUCUGCGCAGGACCAACGAAGGAAAUGCUAUAUUCACCUUUCCCAACUGUCCCAUCAAGUGUGCAGGUGCACCGCAGAAAAUAGCCUACAUAUCUGAGCACUACUUUAGGAAGAUGGGUCGUCGCGACAACGUCAAUAUCAUCUACAACACAUCGCUUCCCGUGAUUUUUGGUGUUAAACACUACGCAGAGGCACUGAUGAAACUGAUCAAGAGGAGAAAUAUCACGCUUAAUGUCCAAAGAAAUCUCGUUGAAGUGAGACAUAAAGAUAAUAUAGCCGUGUUCGAGGAUCUCGCAAAACCAGGAGUGCACUAUGAGGAAACGUACUCCAUGCUUCAUGUGACUCCGCCGAUGAGCACUCCGGAUGUGGUGGCCAACUGCAAGAAGCUGGUGACGCCCACUGGCUUUGUGGACGUCGACCAGAUGACGCUGCAGCACAACAAGUACAACAACGUGUUCGCCAUCGGCGAUUCGGCGUCCAGUCCCAACUCGAAGACGGCCGCUGCGGCAGCCGCCCAGUCACCGGUUGUGUUCAGGAACGUCAUGGCGGUGAUCGAGGGCAAAGCUCCAACGGAUAUCUACGAUGGGUACUCGUCCUGCCCCAUCGUCACCGGCUACAGCUCCUGCAUCCUGGCUGAGUUUGACUACAACCUCACCCCCGUGGAGACCUUCCCAUUGGACCAGUCCAAGGAGCGGUACUCCAUGUUCUUCAUGAAGAAGGAGCUCAUGCCGGUGCUCUACUGGAAGCUGAUGAUGAACGGCUAUUGGAACGGACCGGCACUUAUGCGGAAAAUGUUCUCACUUCUAAAGUUGAAUAAAAAGCAAUAGGGACCACAAAUGAUCUUCAAUCAA